CCCUUGUGCUACACAAAUUGAAUACGCAGUGAGGACUCAUGGAGGCCGAGUUCUCCGUCGAAAGCGUUGAGGAUCAACACGAAGCCAACACGCCUCAAAACGCCCACAGCGAACAAAGAUGCAGCGACGUUCCGACUACCUCAACGCUCAAGUUGCCAGCGUCUACUCGCUGUAUGGUCAUUAUACCUGAACUCCGGCGGAAGAUUUUUCAGCUGGUCCGUGACACUCCUGUGGAGUUUUGGGAUAUUAAGACACUCCUGGCACUUGCCUUGACGUGCAAGUCAUUCAGUGGGGUUGCACUAGACCUUUUGUGGCAAAACCUGGAUGGCUUUGAACCACUUAUCAGAUGUCUCCCGCAAAGCCUAUGGGAAUGGGAGGGACGAAAAUUGGUAUUUCGAAGAACCAUGACCUUCGACGACUGGUCUAUCUUUUGCAAAUACAACCAUCGUGUCCGUUCAUUCAGAACAAAUUGCAUUCUAACGGUCGCCGGUACCGAAUUUUGGCGUGCCCUUAGCUGUGCUCCCUUCCCCCUUCCCUUGCUCCCCAACUUGAUGUCUCUUACGUGGGAUCUGCUUGCCACUGAUAUAUUUAUGUAUAUCUGGUUGUUUGUCACUCCGAAAUUAGCGAGGCUCGAUAUCACCACCCGCAUCUUUGGUCCAUCCGAACACUCCGUCUUGUCAUGUAUCUCGAUGAUGUGCCCCUCUGUCUCGCAUUUCAGCUUUUCUUCGUCCGCAGAUUCAGAAGACACAUCAACUGCAUUGCAAUGUUGGUCUCGCCUAACAUCGGUGACCACUAGAAGAGUUUCGGAGGCGGCCAUACUCCACUUGUUCAAGUUGCCUUCACUCCGAGUUCUGAAGUUUCAUCUACCACCAAUUCCUAUGUCUGUGGAUACCAAAAAGCUCCUGCAGGGCUCUAUGCUCUGUGCAUUGCAAGAACUGACUGUAGUAUGCAGCAGUCUGGUGCUCGUAGAUGCUUUUUUCGAGAGCCUCUUCAUCGCUCCAAAAUUAAUAUGCUUCCAUACCAUUGGGUGGGUGGAUUCUGCCCGAGGCUUGCCGGCUUCGAUUUCCCGUGUAUCUGAUACAUGUGCGCACAACUCACUGGAGCAGAUACAAAUCUUCAUCACCGAUCGGCUUACUGAUCACAAGACUUCAAUCAGACUGGCAGUGUUUAAACCGCUCUUUGCAUUUCGCAAGCUCGACUUCGAAGCGUACCACCACUAUGUUGUACGAUGGGACGAUUCUGUCCUUUUGCAGAUGGCUAGGGCCUGGCCCCUCCUGGAAGAGCUACACUUCAUCAAACAUGGCCAUUCGAGUCACGGAAUCACUCCAAAUGCCUUCAUUUCGUUGUUGCAACAUUGUCCCCGUUUAGUCUCGGUUGCCGUUAUCAUGAAUUGGUCCACAAUAGACGGAUGUGAGAUCUCUCCUGAUGUUCCGUACCAAGGAUUUGCACACAAGGCGCUGUCUUGAGCAUUCUUUGGCAGUCCAAGAAUUCACCAUCCGACAAGGAUUGCUGCCUUUAUUUCAGCCGUCGCGCCCAGAGUGGGAUUAGUUGCUUCAUGGAUUCAAGGAUCUAGGGACCACCCAAACUUUGAAAAAUACUCUAUCAGGUGGAAAGUCGUCCAGGAUUUUGUCAAGUCUUUCUCUAUGGUCCGCGAGCAGGGGAGGAGAUUGAUGCUGGUUGCAG